GACCCUCAUCGCCACGCUCUCUCUUGGUGAACCCCCUCGCUGAUAACUCCAUCAGGCUAUCCUGGCUAGCUCCUGAAUACUCUAAUGGAGGCAUCAACAAAUACAUUGUAGAGGUGCAGCAACUGGGAGGCAGCAGUGAUCCACAAUGGAUAGACACAGAGAAUGGCAGGGAUACCUCAAAGAUUAUCACAGGGCUUAAUGCCAGCACAAUCUACCAGUUUCGGGUGCGAGCCAAGUCUUACGUACUGGGCGAGUGGAGCCAGCCUGCUAGAGCUGAAAUCCUGGGCGAUGGAGCCCUGAGUCAAGUGCCUACCCUACAAAGUAAAAAAUUGCCUCCAAUUCUCAUGGACCAGCAAUUGAUAUUAGCCAUUGUAGGCUCUGUCUCUGUCACCUGCCUGACCAUAUUGUUUGCUCUCCUGGCCCUUUUCCUCAUCAAGAAGAAUUGUUUUCAUCGCCGCCGCACCUUUACCUACCAGUCUGGCUCAGGAGAAGAAACUAUUCUGCAAUUCAACUCGGGUACCCUAACCUUGACCCGCCGGCCCAAACCACAGCCUGAGCCGCUCAGCUAUCCCAUCCUGGAGUGGGAAGACAUCAAGUUUGAAGACAUGAUAGGGGAAGGGAACUUUGGACAAGUCAUCCGAGCCAUGAUCAAGAAAGAUGGCCUGAGAAUGAAUGCUGCCAUCAAGAUGCUGAAAGAAUUUGCCUCUGAGAAUGAUCAUCGGGAUUUUGCUGGAGAACUUGAAGUUCUUUGCAAACUGGGGCAUCAUCCCAAUAUCAUCAACUUGCUGGGAGCCUGUGAGAACAAGGGUUACCUAUACAUCGCUAUUGAAUAUGCACCUUAUGGGAAUUUGCUAGACUUCCUACGCAAAAGCCGAGUGUUGGAGACAGAUCCUGUCUUUGCCAGAGAGCAUGGGACGGCCUCCACCCUCACAUCCCAGCAGCUCUUGCAGUUUGCAUCUGAUGUAUCCAAAGGCAUGCAAUAUCUGAGUGAAAAACAGUUUAUCCAUCGCGAUCUGGCUGCCAGAAAUAUACUGGUUGGUGAAAACUUGACCUCCAAGAUUGCAGAUUUUGGUUUGUCCCGAGGAGAAGAAGUUUAUGUAAAGAAGACAAUGGGACGUUUACCAGUUCGUUGGAUGGCGAUUGAAUCCUUGAAUUACAGCGUAUACACAACUAAGAGUGAUGUGUGGUCUUUUGGGGUCCUUUUGUGGGAAAUUGUGAGCCUGGGAGGGACACCAUACUGUGGCAUGACAUGUGCUGAACUUUAUGAAAAGCUGCCGCAAGGAUACCGCAUGGAGAAACCUCUCAAUUGUGAUGAUGAAGUGUAUGAAUUAAUGCGUCAAUGCUGGCGGGACCGGCCAUAUGAACGUCCACCAUUUGCUCAGAUCUCAGUGCAGCUCAUUCGCAUGCUAGAAGCUAGAAAGGCAUAUGUGAACAUGGCAUUAUUUGAGAACUUCACUUAUGCAGGAAUUGAUGCAACGGCUGAGGAAGCAUGAGGACUUAACUUUCAACUUUGGCAAUAAUUAUAGCCCAGAUGAUUGGGACUUUCUUGUGCAUUUGCCUCCUAGUGAUGUCAACAACUUAUUCAACAGUGUAUAGGUGGAUGCUGUUAAUUUAGAAGAUCUUGCAGGACUCUAACAUGUUAACUUUCCCUAGAGUGGAGAAGAGUACCCUUGAAUGGAUUGUUCCAAAAUGUGGAGCUUUUGAAAAUCAAACUUUAAAGGUAUUUCCUGUAUAAGAGAGAUGCCCCUCACUCCAAGGGAGAACAUUGUCUCCACCAUACUGAAGAAAAAAGAUCUAAGAAGUUUGGGACCCAGUCAAGGACACUGUGAUUACAAUGCACACCAUACAAGAAAAGAUAGGCUUAUAUUACUGCAAAAUUCCUUGGACAGUAUUACUGAAAAGGUGGGGCUGUUGGCUAACAGUGCAAUUCCUUCCAGAACCCAGUUUUCCAAGGAAUAACGUCUAUCCAUCAUGAUCAGUUUCGUCAGCCCCUCAACUAGUUCAGAUCAGGAAAGCAACUCCACAGGAAAACUAAAGCUACUUUUAUUGAGACUGACUAUAAUUACAGAAUCUUGUGAGUCUGAUUGUAUUGUAUCUCACUGUCAGAUUUGCCAUCAUGCCACUUUGGGCUCUGCUUCACUUCAAUGGCAGCCUAUCAUAACAGGAAGCAAAAAUGCCAACCAGAGACAACAGUUGCAUGGUCCAAGGACACAGGCAUGAGAAAGGAAUAUGAAUGCCCACCAAAGAGACGCCAAACUGUAGAACUGUUAACAAAACAACUAAUUGGAACUUUGUUGGACACUAGCAGGAUGCCCCAAGGGGGGGACCUGGGAGAAGGGAAAUUUACCAGGUUUAUGCAGGAACUUUCAGAUCUGUCUUUUCCUAUGCUGUAACCACUUGGCUUUAAUAGUAUGCCUUUCACUAUGAAUGGCAUUGAGGGUCUUUUUUUCCUAAACACCUUUCUUUCCUAAACAAUCUGGGAGAGGCUGACACUCACCAUGAAUUUAGGAGGUAUCUGCCUGAGCUGUUUCCAAAUGUUUUCCCCUCACUCUUGACUUUAAAAAAAU